GGCGGGGCCAUCGUGUGCUGUCACCUGUGUACACAUCACCUGUGUCCUCACAGCCCGGCCUGGAGCUGCCGAAUGGGACAUGUCUAACAAACUACAUCACACCUUGCCGUAAGGAACAAAAUUCAGUUUAAAAAAAAGCCUAUAUUCCUUCUGGAAUAUCCUUCUGGAUAAUAAACAGAAAGAAGGUUGAUGUGAAGAAGAUGAUGGUGAAUCAUAUUACAGAGAUGGAUUACCAGGUCAAUUGGCAGGGACAAUGUGCGUUUGACGAAGUCGCCAUUUACUUCUCGGAGGAUGAAUGGGGCUGUUUAACAGAAGAUGAUAAAGAGCUUUACAUGGACGUAAUGAUGGAGAAUUAUCAAACCCUCCGGUCUUUAGGGCUGAUCUAUGUGAUACCUCCAGUUGUUUCGCUUAUUGAGCGAGGAGAGGAGCCGUACGUAAAGUGUCACAGUUGGUUGAAGAAUGGACGUUCUAUAAAUAGCAGUGUCGGGACCCUCCUGUCCCCUAAAGCACUUCCUGAUUGGGCACAAUCCACAGUGAUGACUACACAGGAGGUGGAUUGGAGACUCUCCCAGCGAUGGAUUAAUGUAACUGGAUCCAUGAGAAGACCUACACCCAAAGAUUUCCAUACACCUGCUAAUUUACCAGAAUGUACGAACAAUUAUAAAACUGACUUCAAGAGAACAAAAUACUUGAUUGUAGAGAAAACACAUCUAAACCGCAUGAGUAAAUGGGAAGCGGAGGCAGCUUUAUGUGAUAUUUUUGUAACCAGUCCUUUCAAGGAGAAAUCAACCUCAAGCGAAGAAGAUAUUUAUACACCCACAGAUAAUAUACAGACAGUAUAUACACCUAUUCAUAUUAAGGAGGAAUCAAACACUUGGGAAAUAGGAAAACCAACAUAUCCUGACACUUCUACAGGAGAUACAUCUGCUUGUAUUAAAGAGGAACCAGCCCCAUGUGAAAAAGGAAAUGACAUAGAAACUUGGAACAAUGUAGCAAUGGAACAUGGUGAAAGAGAUGAAGGGGUCAGCUCUGAGGAUAGUGCAACGAAAAGCUUCCAAAUAAUAAAAAUGAUUCCCAUUAACGUAACGGAAUGCACUGAGCAGGAAAAACACUGUAAUACUGAAUCUGCUACUUACGAAAAUCCUCGCACCAUAAAUGACCUGUAUAAAAGCUCUGAAAGACAGAAAUGUCCUACUGCUAACUCCGAGCUAGUUCAACAUUGGAUAGUUGGCACAGAAGAGGAAGAAUUCCCAUGUUUUAACCAUUCCUCUGAGCUCACUCACAAUGGAAAGCCAUUUUCUUGCUCUGAAUGUGGGAAUUGUUUUACGCAUAAAUCAAAUUUGGUUAAACACCAGAGAACUCAUACAGGGGGGAAUCUUCCCUCGUGUGCUGAAUGUGGGAAAGACUUUACGUGUGUUUCACAUCUUGUUAUACACCAGAAGAUUCAUACUGGAGAGAAACAGUUUUCUUGCUCCAAAUGUGGAAAGUCUUUUACUUACAAAUCAAACCUGGUUAAACAUGAGAUGAUUCACACAGGAGAUAAACCAUUUUCUUGCCCUGAUUGUGAGAAAUGCUUUACUUAUGAAUCAGAUCUGGUUACACAUCGGAUGAUUCACACAGGGGAGAAACCAUUCCCAUGCUCUACGUGUGGAAAAUGUUUUAUAAAUAAGUCGAGGCUUGGUGUGCAUCAAAAAAUCCAUGUUAGUGGGAAACUACACACGUGUUCUGUGUGUGGAAAAGGGUUUACCUGCUCUUCGUAUCUAAUUACACAUCAGAGGAUUCACACAGGAGAGAAGCCAUUUUCUUGCUCUGAAUGUGGAAAAUGUUUUACUGAUAAAUCUGGCCUUGCAAAGCAUCAACACGUUCACAGAGGUGAUAAACCAUUUGCAUGCCCUGACUGUGGUAAAUGCUUCACUUAUAAAUCAAGACUUGCAUCUCAUCAGAGAACUCAUAUUGGAGUGAAACUCCACUCGUGUGCUGAAUGUGGGAAAAGAUUUACGUUUUCAUCCCAUCUUGUUAAGCAUCAGCUGCUUCACACAAGGAACUCCACGAAAGCAUUGAAUUCUAUUAUCUUCUAUGUGAAGAGGCUGACUGGCGUAUUUGCGGUGCUCACCAUGCACGUGACGAAGGCCAAUCAAUGCUCCUCUAAGCUUGACAAAAAGGAUACUGGGGGAUUAGAUAAUCCUAUACAGGAUACUGGGGGAUUAGAUGAUCCUAUACAGGAUACUGGGGGAUUAGAUGAUCCUAUACAGGAUACUGGGGGAUUAGAUGAUCCUAUACAGGAUACUGGGGGAUUAGAUGAUCCUAUACAGGAUACUGGGGGAUUAGAUGAUCCUAUACAGGAUACUGGGGGAUUAGAUGAUCCUAUACAGGAUACUGGGGGAUUAGAUGAUCCUAUACAGGAUACUGGGGGAUUAGAUGAUCCUAUACAGGAUACUGGGGGAUUAGAUAAUCCUAUACAGGAUACUGGGGGAUUAGAUAAUCCUAUACAGGAUACUGGGGGAUUAGAUGAUCCUAUACAGGAUACUGGGGGAUUAGAUGAUCCUAUACAGGAUACUGGGGGAUUAGAUGGUCCUAUACAGGAUACUGGGGGAUUAGAUAAUCCUAUACAGGAUACUGGGGGAUUAGAUGGUCCUAUACAGGAUACUGGGGGAUUAGAUGGUCCUAUACAGGAUACUGGGGGAUUAGAUGGUCCUAUACAGGAUACUGGGGAAUUAGAUAAUCCUAUACAGGAUACUGGGGGAUUAGAUGGUCCUAUACAGGAUACUGGGGGAUUAGAUAAUCCUAUACAGGAUACUGGGGGAUUAGAUGGUCCUAUACAGGAUACUGGGGGAUUAGAUGAUCCUAUACAGGAUACUGGGGGAUUAGAUGAUCCUAUACAGGAUACUGGGGGAUUAGAUAAUCCUAUAGAGGAUACUGGGGGAUUAGAUAAUCCUAUACAGGAUACUGGGGGAUUAGAUAAUCCUAUACAGGAUACUGGGGGAUUAGAUAAUCCUAUACAGGAUACUGGGGGAUUAGAUAAUCCUAUACAGGAUACUGGGGGAUUAGAUGGUCCUAUACAGGAUACUGGGGGAUUAGAUGGUCCUAUACAGGAUAUUGGGGGAUUAGAUGGUACUAUACAGGAUACUGGGGGAUUAGAUGGUCCUAUACAGGAUACUGGGGGAUUAGAUGGUCCUAUACAGGAUACUGGGGGAUUAGAUGGUCCUAUACAGGAUAUUGGGGGAUUAGAUGAUCCUAUACAGGAUACUGGGGGAUUAGAUGAUCCUAUACAGGAUACUGGGGGAUUAGAUGGUCCUAUACAGGAUACUGGGGGAUUAGAUGGUCCUAUACAGGAUACUGGGGGAUUAGAUGGUCCUAUACAGGAUACUGGGGAAUUAGAUAAUCCUAUACAGGAUACUGGGGGAUUAGAUGGUCCUAUACAGGAUACUGGGGGAUUAGAUAAUCCUAUACAGGAUACUGGGGGAUUAGAUAAUCCUAUACAGGAUACUGGGGGAUUAGAUGAUCCUAUAGAGGAUACUGGGGGAUCAGAUAAUCCUAUAGAGGAUACUGGGGGAUUAGAUGAUCCUAUACAGGAUACUGGGGGAUUAGAUGAUCCUAUACAGGAUACUGGGGGAUUAGAUGAUCCUCUACAGGAUACUGGGGGAUUAGAUGAUCCUAUAGAGGAUACUGGGGGAUUAGAUAAUCCUAUACAGGAUACUGGGGGAUUAGAUGAUCCUAUACAGGAUACUGAGGGAUUAGAUGUUCCUAUACAGGAUACUGGGGGAUUAGAUGGUCCUAUACAGGAUACUGGGGGAUUAGAUGGUCCUAUACAGGAUAUUGGGGAAUUAGAUGAUCCUAUACAGGAUACUGGGGGAUUAGAUAAUCCUAUACAGGAUACUGGGGGAUUAGAUGGUCCUAUACAGGAUACUGGGGGAUUAGAUGGUCCUAUACAGGAUACUGGGGAAUUAGAUAAUCCUAUACAGGAUACUGGGGGAUUAGAUGAUAAUCCUAUACAGGAUACUGGGGGAUUAGAUGGUCCUAUACAGGAUACUGGGGGAUUAGAUGGUCCUAUACAGGAUACUGGGGGAUUAGAUAAUCCUAUACAGGAUACUGGGGGAUUAGAUGGUCCUAUACAGGAUACUGGGGGAUUAGAUGGUCCUAUACAGGAUACUGGGGGAUUAGAUGGUCCUAUACAGGAUACUGGGGGAUUAGAUGGUAUUAUACAGGAUACUGGGGGAUUAGAUGGUACUAUACAGGAUACUGGGGGAUUAGAUGGUCCUAUACAGGAUACUGGGGGAUUAGAUGGUCCUAUACAGGAUACUGGGGAAUUAGAUGAUCCUAUACAGGAUAUUGGGGAAUUAGAUAAUCCUAUACAGGAUACUGGGGGAUUAGAUAAUCCUAUACAGGAUACUGGGGGAUUAGAUGGUCCUAUACAGGAUACUGGGGGAUUAGAUGGUCCUAUACAGGAUACUGGGGGAUUAGAUAAUCCUAUACAGGAUACUGGGGGAUUAGAUAAUCCUAUACAGGAUACUGGGGGAUUAGAUAAUCCUAUAGAGGAUACUGGGGGAUCAGAUAAUCCUAUAGAGGAUACUGGGGGAUUAGAUGAUCCUAUACAGGAUACUGGGGGAUUAGAUGAUCCUAUACAGGAUACUGGGGGAUUAGAUGAUCCUAUACAGGAUACUGGGGGAUUAGAUGAUCCUCUACAGGAUACUGGGGGAUUAGAUGAUCCUAUAGAGGAUACUGGGGGAUUAGAUAAUCCUAUACAGGAUACUGGGGGAUUAGAUAAUCCUAUACAGGAUACUGGGGGAUUAGAUGAUCCUAUACAGGAUACUGGGGGAUUAGAUGUUCCUAUACAGGAUACUGGGGGAUUAGAUGGUCCUAUACAGGAUACUGGGGGAUUAGAUGGUCCUAUAAAGGAUACUGGGGGAUUAGAUGAUCCUAUACAGGAUACUUGGGGAUUAGAUGAUCCGAUUACCCAUCAGAAAGAAUCUCAUUUUUGGAUUCUCCAACGUAUGGAUAAUAAGAUGACUAAAGAGGGACAAUGUGCGUUUGACGAAGUCGCCAUUUACUUCUCGGAGGAUGAAUGGGGCUGUUUAACAGAAGAUGAUAAAGAGCUUUACAUGGACGUGAUGAUGGAGAAUUUCCGGACCCUCAGGUCUCUGGGGUGGAUAAACGUGACCCCUCCAAUAGUAUCAUUUAUCAAAUGUGGAGAAGCGCCGUUAAUUAGGAACGACAGAAAAUGUAUGGACACUGAACGGUUUCCAAAUACCAGGAUCUCUCAUGAAUCCAUGAGAAGCGCUACACCUGAAGAAUUUCACACCUCAUUUACUUCACAUUGCAUAAACAAUGAUAAUAUUGGCCUCAAGGGAACAGAUAACUUAAUUCUAAACAAUAGACAGAAGAGACCAAGCAAAUCUAUGAGAAAUAAGGAACCAAAAUCCACCUUGUGGGAAGAAGGAAAACUUACAGAACCCAACAUUUAUACACCCACAGAAAAUGCACAGAAUGACUAUAAAUCUACUGAUAUUAAGGUGGAAUAUUCCCCCUACGAAGAAGGAAAUGUGACAAACAUUAAUAUACAUACACCUUCUGAUCAUACGUGGAAAAAAUAUACAACUCGUCAUAUUAAGGAGGAACCGGUCCCAUUUCAAAUAGGAAACCAUAAAGACAUUGAUAUCCAAACUUCCACUAGAUUUACACAGGCAGCAUUUACAUCCACUCACAUUAAGGAGGAACCUACGUCAUGGAUAGAAGGAAACCCCACAGACACUGACAUCUACGUUAAUAGUGAACACGGGUCAAAUAAAAGCAACACUACAGUAUUGACGCAAAGUACCCACACUACAAAUGAGUUGUCUACCCGUUCUGAGUGUCCAAAAUCUUCUGCUGGUCAUUCAGAAUCUGUUUACAAAGUGUAUAAACCAUUCUCGUGUUCUGAGUGCGAGAAAACGUUUAAUUAUAAAUCAAAUCUUGUUAAACAUCAGAAGACUCACACAGGUGAGAAACCAUAUUUUUGCUCUGAAUGUGGGAAAGAUUUUGCUUAUAAGUCAAAUCUUGUUGCACACAAGAUAAUCCACACAGGAACAAAGCCAUUUGCCUGUUCUGAAUGUGAUAAGUGCUUUACUCAUAGGUCAAGCCUUAUUGAACAUCAGAUGGUCCACACAGGCGAGAAGGCUUAUGCAUGUGCUGAAUGUGGCAAGCGUUUUACGCGCUCGUCAUACCUCGUAAAACAUCAAAGAAUUCACACAGGAGAGAAACCAUUUACCUGCUCUGUGUGUGGAAAAGGUUUUACUACUAAAUCAAACCUUGUUACACAUAUGGUAACUCACUCAGGAACCAAACCAUUCUCAUGUGCGGAGUGUAAGAAACGAUUUACCCAUAAGUCCAGCCUUAUUGAACAUCAGUUGAUUCAUACAGGCGAGAAAGCAUACUCUUGUGCAGAUUGUGGGAAACAUUUCACUCGUUCUGCAUAUCUUGUCAAACAUCAGAGGAUCCACACAGGGGAGAAACCAUUUUCUUGCUCAGAUUGUGGGAAAUGUUUUACUGAUAAAUCAAAUCUUCUUAAACAUGUGGUGGUUCACACAGGAACUAAACCAUUCUCGUGUUCCGCCUGCGAUAAGUGUUUUACUCUUAAUGCAAGCCUCAUUGAACAUCAGAAGGUGCAUACUGAGCAACAAUUAUACCCAUGUUCUGAAUGUGGGAAAUGUUUUACCCGUUCAACCUAUCUGGUGAAACAUCAGAAGAUUCACAAAGGGGAGAAACCAUUCUUAUGUACUGAAGUUACAGAAUUGGGAACUUACAUAACGCAACUGAGGCAGUCCUUCCUAUUCCAAUCCUCUACAAACUACAAACACUGCACAGGAGGAGUACAGGCAACCAGGGAGAGGAGGGCCAGAUUUGUCGUGUUCGAAACUACUUCCACAGAAAUGAAAGUCCCUUCAUUACCAACAGUUUGCAUAAAACAAGAACAUAAUAUUAUUGGAUGCAAUACAGAAGUUCAAUUGUCAACAGAAAAGACCAGUACAAGAAUAAGAAACACUUCAGAAACGUCAUCCUGUGAAGAAGGGACUAUCAGAGACGAUGACGGUUACACAGAAUAUACAUCUACAUAUAUUAAGGAGGAUCCAGACUUCCAUAAAGACCGAAAUCUCACUAAUGCUGACAUUUAUACACCCCGGAAAUGUACACAGACAGAAUAUCUGUCUACACAUAUUAAAAAAGAACUGGUGUCAUAUGAAAAACAAACAUGUAAAGAAGAUGAUGUCUUAACACCUAUUGAUGAAUCACAUAUCGACUAUAUUUCUUUUCAUAUUAAGGAAGAAUCAUCCUCAAGUGAUGAGGGCGAUCUUACAGACAGUGACAGUUAUACACCCACCAUACAUACACAUGGAGAAUAUAGAUCUGCUCAUAUUAAGGAGGAACCAGACUUGCUUGAAGAGGAAAAUCUCAAUAAACAUGCAGAGUUUGAAUAUAGAUGGAUACGAAAUAAAGAGCAAUCAUUCUCCUGUGAAAAAGGAAACGAUGAGGGCGAUCUCACUGGCAAUGACAUUUAUGUGCCCAAAGACCAUACACAGAUAGAAUAUACAUGUAUCCGUAUUAAGGAAGAAUCGUCCUCUUGUGAAGUAGAAAAUCUUACAGAUGCUGACAUUAAUACACCCACAGAAUCAUCUACUCAUAUUACAGAUAAAAUAGUUUCAGGUAAAAAUCCUGUCCAAUACCAAACGAUGCAAUCCAAAGACAAGCCAUAUUCAUGUUCUAUUUGUGAGAAAUGUUUUACACAGAAAUCGUAUCUUGUUAAACAUCAGAGAAUUCACACAGGAGAGAAGCCCUAUUCCUGUUCAGAAUGUGGAAAAUGUUUUAGCUUGAAAACGUACCUUGUUAAACAUAAGAGGGUUCACACAGGAGAGAAGUUGCAUUCUUGUUCAGAUUGUGGGAAAUGUUUUAGUGAAAAAUCACAUCUUGAUAUACAUCAAAAGAUUCAUACGGGAGGGAAACUUUAUUCUUGUUAUGAAUGUGGAAAAUGUUUUACACACAAAUCGGAUUUUGUUAAACAUCAGCGGAUUCACACAGGAGAGAAACCAUAUUCAUGUUUGGAGUGUGGGAAAUGUUUUACCCAGAAACCCCAUCUUGUUAGUCAUCAGAGAGUUCACUCAGGGGAUAAAUUACAAUUCUGUUCAGAAUGUGGGAAAUUUUAUAGCUAUAGAGCAUACCUUAUACAUCAGAAACUUCAUUCAUCAGAGAAGCCAUAUUCUUGUUCUGAAUGCGACGAGUGUUUUAGUGAAAAAUCCCAUCUUUUUAUACAUCAAAGAAUGCACACAGGAGAAAAAGUAUAUUCAUGUUCUGAAUGUGGAAAAUGUUUUACACACAAAUCAGAUUUUGGAAAGCACCAGAGAAUCCACACAGGAGAAAAACCAUAUCCCUGUUCAGAAUGUGGAAGAUGUUUUACUCAGAAACCCCAUCUUGUUAAACAUCAGAGGGUUCACACCGGGGAGAAGCCAUAUUCUUGUUCUGAAUGUGGGAAAUGUUUUAGCGAAAAAUCAAAUCUUGUUAAGCAUCGCAGGAUUCACACAGGAGAGAAACAAUAUGCUUGUUUAGUAUGUGGGAGAAGGUUUUGUGAUAAAUCCAAUCUGCUUCAUCAUCAGUGUGCCCACACCAGAGGUAAAAAAAAUACUUGUUCAAAAUAGCAUUUUGUAUCAGAUAACUAAAUACCUGCCAGGAUUGGGACAUGAAAUCAGUACAGCCGGAGGGGGACCAUGCUAGUGAUGCAAUGCCCAAAGUAGCAUGUCAGCCUGGCAUGAUUACAAGCCAGUGCCACUCAGGGAUGUACAAGCACAGAGCUGUUAAACCACUCUACCCUUUGGCUGAAUGCAGUUUGCACAGUGUAAAUAUGUCAGAUAAUGCACUUUUCUUUCUGUGCACAUGGUCUCUGUAGUCUUCAGAUCCAGGACACCAGAGAGCAAACCCAGAAUUGAGAGAUCGUCUGCCAAAUUGUAGACUGCUGGGAGGUAUGCAACUGACGUAGUGAGACCCAGUAAAAGCAAAUGAACAGGCUAAAAGGAAAUCCAUUAUAUUGGGAACCACAAAUCUGAAAAAGUGACUGUAAACCCCUUGAUAGAUCACUUGAAACAUGUCUCACGUAAAAAAAAAGAAAAACUCUGCACUAUGGUCACCUCAUAUUUCUAUAUUCUUCUAUGCCUACCACAGUCCCAAUCCCCACAGGUCUUAAUGUAAUAGAAGAGAUUAAACAAACAUGAUACUGCUGUAUAAAAUAUAACAAAUAGUAAUAGUUUACAAAGUGUUUGGAUCAAGACUGGAGAUAUCUGAAAUCCUGGAAUGUUUUGUUUUACCCCCUACCAACUGGUUUGAAAACGGCUGCAAUAGAAGACUUACAUUUGAAGAGAGCAUCAGUCUUCUGUAACCUUUCCCUAUCAGGUCUGUUGAGUCCGAGUCAUAGUUAUGGAGUCCGAAGCAAUUUAGAGUUACUAAAGUAGGAGUCGGUACAA